GUUCCUUUGACAUUUCGUUUAAUCCCAUUUUUGAGUAUAACGUAAUCGAAGUAUCUCUAAUCUAUGACUGUAACGUUAAACUAGUUUUUGCACCCAAAAAAUGGAUUCGAUGGAUGAUGAUUUUGGUGACUUAUACGCCGACGUUGAAAUCCAAGCUAGCUCAGCGAUCGACGCAUUGUUCAUUGAACCAGAAGACAAUGGCCGUAGCAAUGGCGCCGAAAGCACUGACGGGGAUGAGAAAUUCGACCCCGGUUCAGUUAUGGAAGAUAGUGACAGCGAGGACGAUUUGAACAUUUUGUUGAACGAUGAUGACUGCGAGAAGUUUCCGGUUACCGGUGCGAGGAGUCACGGUGGUGGCUAUGAGGAGGAUGAAGAUAGCGGUUUUGGUGUGGAGGGAACUGGGUCGGAUAAGAUUUCAAGGCGGGUGGAACCGGUUGGUGAUGGGUCGGAGCUGAAUUGUAGUGGAAAUGGUGUAGAAAGAGGGACUGGAGCUAAAACGCAGUUUUCGCUCUUCAAGUAUGUGAGACCUCAUGGAUUACCAUUUUCAAGUAAUGUGAGAGUUACUGGAUGUACUGGUGUUUCACCAUUCUCUUCUACGUCGGCAAGAGGUGAUCGGGAAGAUGAUGUUUACAGCCAGAAAAAGGGUGGAAGCUUGGUUCAGGUUGCUAACAGACAUGCUACCACGAAUUCAUUACCACAUCAAUUUGGAUAUGGUUUUUCUCUUCCAUGGUAUAGGACAAUAUUGGAUAUGAAAAUUGAUGCAUUUGAGGAGAAACCUUGGAGGCAUCCCGGCAUAGAUAUAACAGAUUUCUUCAAUUUUGGUUUCAAUGAGGACAGUUGGAAACGAUACUGUAACUCCCUGGAGAAAUUUCGGCACCGGUCGUCCAGGCAGGCUAGGAUUCCUGUUUAUUUUUCUUCAAAACUUGAUCAGGCUUAUGAAGCUGAGGCUGGGCUUGAGACAGCAACUCAAGAAGCUAUGACUGAGGAUGUAUCUAAAGUUGAACCAUCAUUUAAAUGUGCUGAUAGAGGAGAGAUGCCCUUGGAAUUGCCAAAAGGAAGAGCAAUUCAGGUCGAAGACAGCAUCAAUGAACGCCAACCAUCCAUGGAUCUAAGGCGUCCACGUUUUCAGGAUUCUGAUGUUAUUAUACAGAUAACUGUGCAGGAUUUCACUGUGGAUUCCUCUGAGUCUGCAAGGGAGGAACUAGGUCAUGGUAGAAAGUGUGAAGUGUCAGAAUCUGGGAAGUUGGAUGUGAAGGAUGACAGAGAUGUUUGCUUUUCUGUUAGUGCUGGCGGUGAUGACCUGUCUGGAGAGCAUUGUGCAAGGGUCAGAAAUGCGUCCCUGUCUUGUCCUUUGAGGUCUUUGCAGCCAACAACUGCAUCUAAUCAAACUUCACUGGAGACUAAUAAUCACAGAAAUGACAAGCUCUCUGAUAUGAAUGGGCGUUGUCAUCCAAAUAUGGAUGUUUGCAUAUCAGAAGGAAUUGCUGAAUCAAUGGAAACAACAUAUAAGGAAAAUGAAGUGGCUUGCAGAAAUACUUACCAGUCAGAUCCUUGCAUGAUUGAACCAGAACAAUCACUUGACGAUCGGAGUCAUUUUAGCCCUACACUUUCCUUUUCUGAAAGCAAUUCUGAAGAAAGAUCCAAAGAUAGCGUUCAUGCUGUUUCCAUUGACGGUCCAAGUCCAUUAAGAAGGCAAUCACUAGAUUAUGGCUCUGAAUUGCAGAAGUCAGUUGCAUCUUAUCAUAAAAGUUCCAGAAUUGGUGGCAGCAAAACAAAAUCAGAUGAUGGAGAAAGUUAUUCAAUACAUUCAAGUCCACUCAGAGACAAGCAAAAGCAUGAGAGCUGGAGACACCGACCUCUUGUGAAACAGAGGAUCUUGCAUGAAAGUGAUGAUGACAUUUCUCCAAUACCAGAUGCAGAGUGUGAUAGGAAAAGAUAUCAAAGAUGUAAAAAUCCCAUUGAGGAAGAAAGGAAGCAUCACCGUGGUAGACCUCACGGUAUUACUGAUCAGAAGAUAUAUCCUGAAAACUGCUAUAAAGCUUCCCCUUCAUCAAAUGCACUGAAACUCUGUGAUAAAGAUUACUCAUCUGAUUGUAGCAGACAGAAAGAAAGACUGCAAGAUCUUGGUUAUCAUGACAGAGAAGGUUCCUCAUGCUACAUGGAGAAAGGACCUUGUGUUAAUGGCCAUAAAAGGUUUGCUGACAGCCAUCUUCAGGCUGUCCGCACAAAAGGUCCUCUAAGCUUAAAAGAAGAUUCGGAUCAGUUUGCUGGAAGAGAAUGGAAAAAGGAGUUUUAUCAUGGAAGAAGAGCUGGCAUAGAUAAAGAAGAUGACAUGGAUGGGUUUUGGCAUCAUGGACAAAGACUUCCUGCUCAACAGGGUUUGUUUCCUCACACUUGCAGGGAAUCUGGGAGGUUAGUCUCAAGGUAUUCCUCUGCUUCAAAAGAAAGAGAUAUUCAAUGGAGAAGGGGAUAUGAUGGACUCCAGCUUCGGAAGAAAACUGAUCAUGAUGAUUGUCCAUUAGAUUAUAAGCAUGAAAAUGAACGGUUAAAAGAAACGUAUGGUAGAUCCAUUCCAUUCACUCGUUGUGAAAGGGAUAUGGUUGAACCAUAUGAGAGAUGGCUACCACCAAUUAGGAGAGAAUUCAAAGUUUCUGGCAGAAAAGGUAGAUAUGUUGAUCCUGCCUAUUUCCCUUUGGAUAGACCGUGGCCGAUGGAAAGUGAAGAGUAUCUGAGACACACGUAUUGUAGAUCUCUAGCCUUGGAGACUGACAGAGAACCUUCCGUACCUAAUGGAAGAAGGUGGCGUAACACUUUAUUAUCAAGAAAUGAGGCAUUUGACUCCAAGUUUAUUAAAAGAUACCAUAGACAUCAGAGAAUAGUAUGUCAUGAGGAAGAUGGAGACAAUGGUCGAUGUGGUUGUUAUGAUUAUGUCGAUGACAAUGAAGAUGGUAUCUUGCCAAAUGGGAAUCAAGUUCAGUCGUGGAGAAGGGGCCAUAGUCAGCGAGGUAGAGUAGUACACUGGACGAAGGAUAAACUACUUGGAAAUGAUAGAUUGUUAGCCCAAUGGGUGUCUUUUUCCUGUCAAAAAACUUCUAAGCAUGACUUAAUUCAUGCUAGGCAUGGAUCCCUCCGUGAUGAGAUGCUCAUUAAUGAUUUGAUGUUGGAGCAUCACGGAUAUGAAAUGAUAACUGAAGGAAGUAAUGCCAACUGUCAUGAAAGAAAUUCUAUUAUUAGGCAAAAGCAGAAGGUCCUGAAGGACAGGGACUCAGUUGACUUGAUUGUUGGGGAAGGAAAGUCUUCUGUAAGGCACUUGGAUGGUGGAAGCUUAAUAUGCAAUGGAAGGCUUGAAAAGAUUGGCUUGGAAUUUCCUAUGGAGCAGAAAUCUUUAAGGGAUGUUAAUGACUCUUGUGGAGGCAACAGAGUUAAGACAGACAUCUCAAAUACGGAUGGUAGCAGAACUAUUGAGAAACAGCUUGAUAAGUUUUCAGUUGCAGAGUGUAAUCAAGAUCUGGAUAUUGAGGAGGGUCAGAUUAUAUGUGAAGAACAAAGUAUUAACCUGGAAAAGGAAAAUGUUUCUGAGACUAUGGUGCAAAGGAGCAAGGUCAAGAUGAGAACAUUGCAUGUUGACAGUUCUGACGGAAAUAGAGCUGUGGGUGAAUAUGACAACAAACGGAUAGUGGAGACACUAGCAAAGAUGGAGAAACGAAGGGAACGGUUUAAGGAUCCCAUCACAAUAAAAAUGGAGCCAGACAAGACUUCUGAGCCUCAAGUUGACUUGGUAGUUGACACUAAUGAAAUUAAGCACCAAAGGCCUGCUCGAAAGAGGCGGUGGGGUGUAAGUUAGCUUUUGCAUAAUUUACUCCAUAUCAUCUUAUUUGAAAUAAGAUAUGGUUUUCUCAGGUUUUCUUCGGAAUGACAUGCUGAUUUCAGGUCAAAGGAGGAUUUUAAUUUUCUCCUUUGCUAAUCAUUGAGUUUCUUCCAUAUACAAUAAUGUUGACUGCAAAAAUAACCCUGGCAAAAUUUCAAAGUUCUGUAGUUGUUCCA